AUGUCGGACUACAAGAACGGUACAGCGGGCGGCUCCAAGGCCAAGCGUGGCCAUUGCAAGAGGUUUUGGUGGGUGUACCUGUUGGUCUUGAUUGUCAUUAUUGUUAUUGUUGUUCCUUGCAUAAUCCUCAUUGCGGUGCCAAAGAUGGCUCAAUCCAAGGUCAACGAUGCCAAAUUGACCAUCGAUGGUGUUGCUGUCACUCAGACGGAGGCGGGCUCCUUUAAUUUGGCCAUCAACUCUACGAUAACCACCGACGGCAGCGCACAUGCCACGAUAGCUGGCUUCAACGGAACCAUGUGGCUGUUGGACACUGACGGUCCGGUUGCCUUUACCUCUAUCGAGUUUCCCGAGACGUCUUCCGAUGCCGUGGUUCCUGUGAAUAUUAGCCAGAUCGUGACCAUCGACCACCUCGACGAGCUCACCACGUUCAACCAGAGACUACUGACCAAUGAAACGGUCAAUGUCCGAGUGAAUGGCAGCACCACGGUCCGCGUGUCUGGAAUUGCGCGUGAUUAUCCCAUCACAUUCUCCAAGGACAUUGCUUUCGCCGGGUUCAAGUCGUUUGCCGGCAUCAAUGUCACCAACCCGAAAGUGGGAUUGACUCAGACAAAGAACUUUAAUGCAACGGCAAUCAUUCCCAACCCCACAUUGUGGAGCGUCGACGUGGGCAACACUUCCUUUAGCACCUACUUCAACAACACCAAGAUUGGUGUCACCAACAUCACCAACAUGGUUCUCCAGCCCGGCGACAAUGAGUUUCCCAUUGAAGGAGACAUUUCUCAGCUGGUGAUUGUCAAUGCGCUUAUACAACAACCAUACUGCAGCAACGGGGGUGUUCUCCCCUUUGCCAUUACUGGUGAUUCGGUGGUGAACAACAACGAGUCCAUUCCGUGGCUUGCAAACGCCCUAUCUGCUUUCAAUGUCAGCCUCAAUAUAGAGAUUGGCGCUGCCGUCAAGAGUGCUGGCAUCCCACUCUCUUGUGCUGAUGCCACAAACUCGACAAAGCUGAGGGUCUAG